AUGGGGAGGAGCGACGCGCACAGGUGCAGAGCCCUCCUAUGGCAGAUCUGCAGAAGGACGUUCGUUCCCGCGCCCCCCUGGGGGGGCAACUCAACCCGCGGAUUUGCUGCAAAGCUGGGGAAAGUGGCACCCAUAAAGGGAAUACCAAACAUACGAGCGGACAAAAGGACAUUCUUCCUCACUGUACCCACAAAAGGUAAAGAAGCCACACAGGGGAAAGACACAGAUGCAAUCCCUGCCACUUGGAAAGUGGGAACCACCCUGAAGAAGUACAAAAUACACAUAACCUAUUACUCCGUUUUGGUCUCCCUAUUUUGCAUAUUCGCCUACUGCGUUGUAAAGCUGCUGCUGAUGCUUUUGCACGAACCAGCGUGUGUGAAGAUGGUGAAGGAGAGGGUACUACAGGACCAGGCGUUGACAGAAGAAUACGGGAACGUUACCUUCUCUCGCUUCUGGGGUGGCUACAUAAAUGAAGAUCACGCGCGAAUAAUUAUUAACAUUUGGAGUGAUAAGAAAAAAAACAAAAAGGGGAAAGUCAUUGGGAACCUGAUCAAGCAGAAGGACGGCACUUGGGCCAUUAAGACGCUAACCUAUUACACGGUUAAGAGGAAUGAUGACUUGCACACCGACGAUAUGAAGACGCUGCGACCGGGCGCCGGCCAGGCCUCCGCCUGCCCCGUGGGCCACGGGUGCCAAGCGGUCGAGCGGCAAAGGGGGGAGCGCGUCGCGCCGUCACCUUAG